GAUAUGGUCUCACGGUAUAAAGAAGUAUUGAUUUAACAUAAGCAAACCUUUUUAUCACUUAUAAUUAAUUAAUAUACAAUAACAAAGGCUAUCGUGUGGCUCUAAUUGCCAAUAAACAAUAGCAAAUGAUUACCAUAUGUGAUUUAAGAAACCAUUUUGAGUCAUAUAAUAUUUUCUUUGGUAAGCUAUACAAUCAGUAUUGGACUCCAAUUCAUUAACAAAGGGAAGGUAAACAAUCGGAAUGCCUAAGUUUAGAUGGAAUUUGAGACGUAGAUUUUGUACGAAAUUCUUUAAAGUGUGUUUAAUAUUUAUAGUUUUUACUGUAAUAGGAAAUUAUUUGUUUCUGCAAUCAAUAAGGAACAAUAAGGAAAAACAAAAAGCACUUAAGUAUACAUUUCCUCAAAGGAAUCUACAAGUGAGUACAUUAAUAACAAGUUAUAAAAAUAACCCAACUACGUCACUUCCGUGUAAGGCAAAGGAUAUCCGACUAUCUGAUCAUGCACUUCCGGUUACUGGGCUUAUCAGCUUUCCGGGCUCUGGGAAUACGUGGCUUCGUCAUCUUCUUCAACAACUGACAGGCAUUGGUACAUCGAGUGUCUAUUGCGACCGGUCCUUGGCGACAACGGGCUUCCCUUUUGAGUGUGAAAAAAGGUGGAACAGAACUCUUGCCGUAAAAUCACACCUUUUCAACGUGAGUGAUAUACACAGUUUUGACAGGAACAUUUUGCUGAUACGAACUCCAGCAGACGCCUUUCUGUCCUACUUCACCUACGCAGCAGGCUCUAGUAGCCAUACUAAAGUCCCCUCCAGACAGGAAAUAGCCAGGUUGGGUAACAUCUUGAUCUCUCCAAGUGCUAGCUGGCUUGUUUACAACAUCAAUAUAACGUUGACACAGAGCCGUGGUCGCGUGCAUGUUGUACAAUACGAGAACCUGAGAACAGACUUGAGGAAGGAGCUUAAGGAUUUGUCAGAGUUCCUACAAAUGGGCAUCACAGAACAGGACAUAGAUUGUGCGGUUCAGUUACAAGAAGGCUCAAACCAUAGACAGACCAACGCGUCGUAUCACAGAGAAUUACUUCAAUAUGUGUUUGAUGGAAGAAAGCAAGAACUAUUGAAGACAGUAACAUAUCAUGCUGAGAAAUUACUUCAAACGUAUUUGAAUAAACAUAUAGAUCUAAGUGACGUAUUUCGAUAAGCAUAAAAACAGUAUCAUAUCAUGUUUGAAAAUUAAUUGAUUUUUUUUCGGUUAUAUUAACCAAGAAACACUUACGACAGUUAAAGUAAAGACAUGUUAUAAGUUAUUAAAGUUGCACUCUCACAGAUUUACCGUUUUGACAACUUCAAAAAAAUAAUAAUUUUGUCUGGAAUGAGCCAAUUUUUGGGUAAAUAGCUCCAAACCAGUGAUAUAAAACUGCUGACAAAAGAUCAGAUCGCAGGUGUUCAUAUUUCCGUUUGAAAAUUAAUGUUUUAUGGCUAAAAGCGUUACUAACGGUUUAAGAAAAAUGCAUAAAACAUCAUUUUUUAAACUUAAAUAUGGUAAUCUGCACUCUGAUUUUUUGUCAGCACUCUUCUAUCACUGGUGUUAAUGCAUUUUCGUAUAAGUUGGCUCGUUCUAAAACAAACAAUAAAAAAAGUUGUCAAAACAAUCAAUCUGUGGGAGUGCAGCUCCAAGUUAUGAAAUGUUUUUUGCUGUGAAAUUACUACUACAUAUAACUAAUUUGAAUAAACA